AACUCCCUUCCCUCGUUACCCUUGCUCUGCCCACCUCUAUCCCCCCAGCUCUUCCGAAGCCUCUCUCUGAAGCGGUCCUUGUAUUCAUGCCCAAACCUGAGUACAGGGCUCGGCUCUUCAGGGGUUUGACAAACCAUGCAUCCUAACCCUCCUCUGCCCCGCUAGCCUAAGAUUCCUUUCCUUUCCUUGCUGUCGCGUUUUCUGCCCGAUUGUUCGCUCGCUCGGAUCCUUUUCCCUCGCCUUGCUGGAUUCGUCGUCACUUCACCUGCGCUCUCGCCUCGCCUCGCCACCUCGCCUUCAACUCGUGUAGCAUGAUGGUAGCUCCUCGCGUGAACUGUCUGGCGCUACGCAUUAGCACCCUGGCUGCGCCAGGCGGUCGUUCUUUACUGUCACGGCCGGUAUUGUCACGGCUCGUGUCAUCCGCGUGUCGGUGGAUUCACGCUGCUGAGUCCUCUAGAAUAAAGGCACGGAAUCUGCUAGAAAAGAGAGCAGCCUGCUCGUUGCGGCAACGGGGCUCCCAAGUUACUUUGCUGAAAUAGCUCAUUUCGGAAUCUAACCACCUCGACCAGAGUCACAAUCCUGAUGAUAGUAAGGGUUCUGAAUCUCUAGAGUCUAUAAGGACUGGCAACCCCAUCAUUGGCCAGCCUUAUUUUUAGACUUGUCAGAACUAUUCUCUUCUCAGUGUGAGAAUUCUCCUCGGCUUUGCUGCCAGUGAAGCAGCGUCUCGUGGAAACUCUCGUGGAAACUGACAGCGUUAUAUCCAUCCGGCCUGACUAAGGCUGCUUCUGGGGAAACGCCAGUGCGGGAAAUUGCACUGACUGACUCAGAGCGAAUUGCACUGAACUCGGGAGUUCGUGACUACUACUUCCACGAAUCAGUCGCCGGCGGUCGUGAUGCGUGCGCUGCAGCAGACCAUGCAAGGACGGCACAUGAUAGUGCAAGGCCGGCGGAAUGGGCGUCAACGCCCCUUGUGCCUUCUCCUUCACUUGCUUCUGAUUGCUGCAUGGUCUGCUGCAGUAGCAUCAGCAGCAGUGGCGGCAGCAGGAGCAGGCUCCCACAAAGAGGAGGCUGCUGAAACCAGUGCAUCUGGUGCGCCUGGUGGGUCUGGUGCGUCUGUCCAGGCGUCUGCUAGCCCUGCAUCAGGAGCCGCCGUUUCCAAGGGUUCAUCACUUAAAUCACCUGACAUCGCACUGUUCAACAAAUCGGCCAGGCUUUCUGGUUCUAGUAUAAGGGAUCAUCAUACCGGCGCAGGACAUUUCUCUAUUACUAAAGGAAAUCAUCAUACCGGCGCAGGGAAGUUGAAGCAACGGCCACGCAGGCUCCCAUGGGGAUUGGCGAGCCAGAUAGGUUCCCUCAGGAAAUGGCCACGUGGAUCCAGUCAAUGUACGUGCUCCACGUCAUCAUCACAACCGUUGCUGCGAUGGCUGCGUCCGCAUAAGACAAGGAGAGGCGAGGAGGGCUGUGGGAAGGGACGGAGGGGCAAGGGGAAGAGGAGCAAGGGGAAGAGGAGCAAGGGGAAGAGGAGCAAGGUGAAGAGGAGCAAGGGGAAGAGGAGCAAGGGGAAGAGGAGCAAGGGAAAGAGAAGCAGAUCGAAGAGAGGCAAGGUAGUGACUGGCUUAUUGAAGGCGAAGAAGCGUCUGUGCACCGCGGUGGGAUGUGCAAAUGAUGAAAGUCGGAGGAGGGAGGAGAGUAGGGGAAGGCGUGUGAGUAGGGCGUCAGGCAGACCCAAAUCUCCAGCGGAAACUCCACUGAAGCCACCUGCUCAAAUGACGCCUGGCCAGAAACCACCUGCUCCAAGAACGCCUGGUCAGAAACCACCUCCUUCAAAAACACCUGGACAAAAACCACCUGCUCCAAUGAUGCCUGGUCAGAAGCCACCUGCUUCAAAAGCACCUGGACAGAAAGCACCUGCUCCAGUAACACCUGGAUCAAGAUCACCUGCGAGUCCAGGUUCAUCUGGAGCACCAGCUGGCCGCCACGUCAGCAUGAAAUCGCAGCAAGGCUCACUGCAAACACCAGCAUCAGGCGACUCAUCUAUGGAACCAUCAGGCAAGCCUGUGAUCAACGCCACAUACAAGGCUGUAGCGCCGUCCCCGGCUGUAGCGCCAUCUCCUGCUGUAGCGCCAUCUCCUGCUGUAGCGCCAUCUCCUGCUGUAGCGCCAUCUCCUGCUGUAGCGCCAGCUAGUGGCGGUGUUGCUGAUUCCCCUAAUUCUUCCAGUGCGUUUGGUGCAGCUGGUGCUGCUGGCUCUGCUGGUUUCCCCAGCACAGCAGCAGCAUCUCCCUCUCCUCCCCCGGCUGCAGCGCAGCAGCCCAAGCCGAAGUACUUCUACGAGAUGGGCAAGAUCCGGGUGUCAGGCAUCCACACUGCUCUGACUCACUAUAAGACGAUCCUUUAUAUAGAUCGCACGGACGUCAGCAACACUUAUGCCAAGCUGCCAAACGGAAGAACGGCAUAUGCGGAGGAGUACAGCUUCGAAUCGAGGUCCCUCAGGGCUCUUGACGUCAAGUCCAAUGUCUUCUGCUCUGCAGGUGCCAUCGACCAAUACGGUCGGCUCAUCAGCAUCGGCGGCACGUCAGACGCCAACGCCACCAACCUGGCCGACCCUCUCCUCGACGGGGCUGCCUCCAUCCGCUCCUUCACUCCCUGCCCCCCUGCUGCUGCUGCUGCUGCUGCCAAUACUGCUGCCAAAAACAGCAGCAGCAGCAACAAUAGCUGCGAUUUCUCCCUGGUAGGGAAGAUGACCUCCAAGCGCUGGUACCCCACGGCUCAGCUGCUUCCAGACGGGCGGAUAUUCGUCAUUGGAGGCGCCAACGUCUUUGGCAAUGUGGCUAUCAAUUCCUUUCGAGACAACAACCCCACCUACGAAUUUUGGCCGAGGAAGGAAGCAGAAGGCAACUACAAGCUGCGCUUUCUGGAAGAAACUCUGCCCUACAACCUCUACCCAUUUGUGCACCUGCUGCCUUCUGGACACCUGUUCAUAUUUGCGGGGCAGCAGGCAAUUCUCCUCAACUACACCACAAACUCAGUUUAUCGCACGCUUCCCCCUCUGGACGUCUCUCGCUUCGGCCCAACCAACGCCAACAUCUUCCGUUCCUACCCCGUCACUGGCUCGUCCGCCAUGCUACAGCUCUCCUCAGCCGACGGCUACACUCCCAGGAUCCUCAUCUGCGGGGGCAGCAGCAGCAAGGCGGACCUGGCUAAUCGGGACAACCGGACGGGGGCGUGUCUUGGGUGUGCUGCCCCUGCCACUGCCACGUGUGGGCUCAUCGCCCCCAUGGAUCGGAACCCCAAGUGGACCUAUGAAAUAAUGCCUGUUGCUCGUGUCAUGCCAGAUGCUGUGCUCCUAUUGGACGGCACCGUCCUGAUCUGCAACGGAGGCAGGAGGGGCUUUCAGGGGCUCAAGCAGACGUAUGCUGGUGGGGACGUGAGGAGUCCUGUCAUCUACAGCCCCAACAGCCGUGCUGGAUCACGGUUCUGGCAGGUACCGGAGUCCAGCCGUUAUGCCCGCAUGUACCACUCCUCCGCCCUGUUGCUCUGGGACGGCUCCGUGCUAAUUUCCGGGUCUAAUCCCAACGACCGCCUCACCACGAGGGGAACUUACCCUACUCAAUUUGCUGUUGACCGGUUUGCCCCGCCGUAUCUGCAGUGGGGGGUGCCGAGAAACAUCCUGUGGAGGCUGCCCUCCACAAUUGCCUUGAACUCCCUCUUCUCCGUCCGACUCAACACAACUGUGGUCUCUCCCCCGUCGCUCUCUCGCCUUAUCGACCGCUUCCGAGCCGUGCUCGUCCAUCCGGGUUUUUCCACGCACAGCCAACGGAUGGGUAUGCGUAACGUGCUGCUCGAAAUAUCCGCAAUAUGGAUUUCGCCGGAUAAUCAAACUGUUACGGCAUCUAUAAGAGCGCCACCUAAUGGCAGCAUUGCCCCGCCUAGCAUUUACUGGUUGCAUAUAUUGGAUCAAGGUGGCUAUCGCAAUGCUGAUGGUGCAUGGGUGCCUGGAAAGUGGGUGCCGAGUUUAGAAGGUCAACCUAUCAGGCUAACAUAGAUAAUUUUAGGGUUACAGGAACAAUUUAACGAAGCAUCUGAUAUAUUAUCUCCAAAACUAAAUGCAUGUCUAUGUG